AUGUCUACGCCAACACCGGGAUACGUCUACGCCAAUCCUGAUGACGAGCUUUUCGAAAUCCAAGGUCUGCAGCUCGUACUGGCAAAAGUAUUUGCCGAUAUGAACACGCGAAGAUGCUUCGCUACAGAUGCUCUAAGACAGCAUGUUCCUCUGAAUGUAAGACCGACAAACCCUCUCUCCUCUACCAACGUCUUAACAGCGUUUGCGUUCGGUACUCUUCCGACGCACCUACAAGCAGUAUCCAUCUAUUCGCGGUGUGCUCGCGACGCAGGCUCGGGCUUCGCCCUCGCCCGCGCCGCUCGCGGCUUGGGGUUGGGUUUGGUUGAUUGCAUCUACAAGUCCCCCCUUUUGCAUCUACAGGCAAUAUUUCUAGGGUUUGGGGUGCUCACGACUCGUGCUUGGGCACUUCUUGAAGCCCUGAACCAAGACAAGAGAACGUCCUUCAGUUGA